CAGAUCGAAAUCCCCAUGCCGCGCGCCACGAACUGCGCCUUCAUCCGGCGCCCCGAGAAAGUCAAGGACAAGGUGAUUCUCUGGAAGAGGAACAUCUACUGGUCGCCAAAGUUGGCCCCCGAGCACCAGGCGAAUUGGGUGACCGCCGUUGCGGAGAGGAUCUGGGCGAUGUUCUCGCGCGCACGGGCUGCCCGCCGCGCGGGGGGCAAGUGGGCGCCGGUGCUGCUGCGCCUCGCGGGGGGCGGGAACGACGACGCGGGCGACGAGGGGGGGGGGGUGCAGCUAGCCGAUCAGGAGGCGUCGGAGGACUCGGGCGCCGAAGCGGGCAGUCAGCUCGAGGCCAGCCCCGCCAGAGAGGAUCCCGCGAGCGGCGUCGCGGAGGGCGACGGCGACGCCGCCCCUGCGAGCAGCACCCCGAUGACGGUUGACAACGCCAACGCUGGCGCGAAGGAGGAGGCCGAGGGCGCCACGGCCGACGCGGAGUGCGAUGGCGUUGCCGAGAGCCGCCCGCCGUGCGCGGAGACCGCGCGCAAGGGGAAGCGCAGCAAAGAAUUGCGCGAGAUCCUGAAGUGCAGUCCAAGCCAGAACAAGAAGAGCAACGGCGCGCUCCACUCAGCGACCAGCAAGGAUGGGGCGACCACGCACGAGGCGGUGAAGUCCGAGCUGAUGGACAAGAAGCGCUGGAAUGAGUUCAAGGGCGGCGAGAGGAAGGACACCGACGUGAAUACGCGGCCAAUCUACCUGGCAUUCGAGACCACCGUCGACGACGACGGCGAGAAGACGCGCGCCCAGCAUGCCCAAAUCCUGUCGAAGCUGCCCGCGGAGGAGAUCGGGGCCGAGAAGGACAAGGCGCGCGGGGCUCGCGCUCUUGACCACUUGACCAAGGGCGCGGCCAAGGGCACGGGCGACAUCGCUGACGGCGGCAAGGAUGCCACCGCGCCGCAGAAGCUCCGUGCUCCCAGGGCGGCUCAGCCGGAGAUUGAGCCGAAGGCCAACGGCGCCCCUGACGGCGCGGAUUCGAGCGCAUCCUCUUCGCAACGUGCGCCCAGCAAGGGCAGCGACAGCAACGGCGGCACAGGGAUAGACUUAACCCUCGACAUGCGGG